AUGACCUCCAGGUUUCAGCGACCGCGCCCUGCUGAUCAGGUUGAGGAGUCCAACUCCACUGCAAGUUUGUUUCUGGGCGGCGUGCGGAGGAACUGGAUGGCUGCGCCCGCAUUGUCCCCCACAGUGCCCACGCCGAGCUUGUGCCCUCCGCGCGAUGCGAGGCCUGUAGCCAUGGCCCCUCCAGACCCGGUGACGGGCACGGAUUCGCGGAUUUCGCUAGAUGCCCCGAAUCGCGUCAAUCCCAAUGGCUCCGAUUGUCCUCCUGCAGAGCUGGCCUUACUGUCGCCUGUCACACCGGGUGUAAAUCUACAACCCGCGUCUCUGGAUCCUCCGGUCGACAGCGAACCCGGUCCUCCACAGACUGCUUGUCCCCCGUCAGUCCCAAAGGCAGGCUCUCAUCCCAGCCCCAUUGUCUCGCCCCGUCCCACAACCUCGACGAAUGAGCUCUCCGUCGCCGCGGUGGCCGCUCCACCAGCGCCUGACAGGCCGACGGCGAUGGGAGCGGUGACAGCCCAUCUGAGAAGCGAUGGAACUGCAACCCUCCGUCAACCCUUAAAUCCACCGUCACCUUCCUCCAUGAGUACCCAGGCACCGACGGGGAGCCCAUCAGGAAACACAGAGACACCGAUCUCGGCCUCGAGCGGGCACCGUAGCGCAGGUCCAGGCCCGCGGUCUCUACAGUUCACCACAGGCGGCAUCCACGCCCAGUCGGUGCAGAGUCCAUCUCUACAAGUCCCGAGUCAGACGAGCCAGAGCCCCGUGGGGCCAUCAACAUCACCCGCAGAUGCACCGGAGAGCCACGCACCGGAGCCGCCGCCUCAGCAAGUGAUUCCAACUCCUCCUGGGUCCCAAGAUUUCAAUCGGCCAACCUCACAAGAUUGGAUCCAAUGGAAACACAGAUCGGAAGCCCUGAUGAACCAAGCGAGGCUAUGUUCGCGGCAUUUGGCUCUACCCAGGGCCAUGCUCCUGACGGAGGCCUGUGACCAUCAAGAUCUUUUCUUUUUGGUGCUCCAUCAGAUCUUUUGCGAACUGUCCAGGGGUUACCACCGGGUUCUAUCGAGAAUUCCACCGCUUCGCCAGCCACUGUCUCAAAUUGGCUUAGAGAGGCUCGAGGAGCUACUGGAACCCAAUGCGAACCUCCCGCCGGUAAUGUUGACGGCAUUCUGCUUUUUCCCACGCAGCGUGGAAGACUACAUUCGCACUCCGUGGUAUCAAGCGAUCAUCGAAGAGUUUUCACGCUGCCUUGCGUGUCUUGCCACUCGCGUUUCGUCCCUGCAAACUAAUAUGCAUCGGCAACUCCGUAGUCGUGGCUAUCCGCCGCUGGUAGCGGAGCUGAAGCAGGAGUAUGACGUGAAAUCACCGGUCCUACUGAGCGUGAUCUUUUCGUCCAUUUGUCGACAUUUGUACAAGGAUGAACAUCUCGAGAGUCUGCGGCGCAUAUUUCAGAAUGACUGGCUUCUCACUACUGGGCCCGGUCUAGACCAAUCUGCCCUCGCGGCACUGAUUGAGCAAUAUCGAACGAUUCCGAUGAUAUUCAUGCAGACUGCAGGCCCUCCGCGACCUCAGCCAUCUACCGCGAGUUUUGCGCCACCAGCGAAUGGGAACCGUCAUUCUGCCUCUAACUCGCCGCAUCUUCAGUCUCCAACUUUCUCCCCAACUAUGUCCAGCGGCCCUCGGGAUAGACCGCUAAUGACUCCUGCUCAAGGGCAGCUAACUCAUUACCAGUAUCCUUCAGAACAGAUUGCGCAGUUAAAUGGUCAAGUCCCGACCCGAGCGUGGCAAAUGGAUCAAGUUGCACAGGCGCACAUGCUGCAGGGACAAGGCCAGCCAGUUCAGCCAGUGCAGCUGCAAUCUGUUCACCAAGCACAAGAACAAGGGCAACAAGCUUGGAUGAGGCCUGUACUCAUGGUUCCCCAGAACCAGACUGCUCCAUUGGGUUAUCCAGUUCCGACUCGAGUCAACUCCUCGUCAUCGUCGCCUCCACACUCUGCUCUAGGCAGGCCCAGUCAGGUGUCUCAGCGGCAGGACCACCAGCAACAGCAACAAAACCCUCUCCCUCCCUGGCCUUCUCUCACACGGUCCCCUGCGGAGAACCGUGCGAGUCAAGGAUUGGUACAAAGUCAGCGUAGUCAGUCAAGGGAGCAGCAAGUUCUGUCGGCACAGUCCGCCUCUCUCCCAGCUGUUCAGGUUCCUCAAACUCAGAACAGCCCAUCUCCUUCGUGCUCGGUGCCUCUACUUCCCCCCGCUGGCCAUAGAGCACCACAGGUCCUGCAACCGAACCCAAUGCGAAUCGGCCUGCACCAGGCUGACCUUCGUGACCCGGUCAAGCUAUUGCUGCAUCGGGGGCUCGGAGGGGAAAUGAUGCAAACCGAGCUGUACCAAUAUCUCGACGGUUUCUUGCUAAACCCAACCGUCAUCGACCUGGAUACCUUCAAAUACACGUGGGACUUCCUGGUAUCCACCCGCGACCGCCAAUGUUUCCCUCAGUAUGUAGACCGAGGACAAGGUCAACGCCCGGCCCGCAUGUACGAACCAGGUUGUCGGACCUACCGCCUGCGCGCCAUUGCACUGCCAUCUUCGCAAAAGGAAAGCGCGCAAAGAGUGUGGCCAACCGCAAACACCACCUGGCCCAGCGUGUUCUACGUUUUUGUCAACGGUACCGAGUUGUACGUGCGUCGCAAAGUCCACAACGGAAAGGACCUACCCCUGGACAUCACCAAAUAUCUCCACGAGGGUGAGAACAAGCUUACCAUCCAUCUGCUUCUGGGCCCCGAUGAAUGUAAAAAUUUCCAUUAUGCGUUUGGCAUCGAAAUCAUGGAGGUCUCCCAGCUGGAGCAAGUGCUCGCCAAGACACGCCACGCCUCGCCGAGCGAGACUCGCGCCAAUAUCAAGGACCGGCUGAAUCCAACGACUGACGAUGACGAGCUGGCCAUCAUCACCGACAGCCUAACUGUCGGCCUCAUCGACCCCUUCAUGGCGCAAAUAUUCAAUAUCCCCGCCCGCUCCACCAACUGCACUCACAUCGAAUGCUUCGACCUUGAUACCUUCAUCAAUACUCGGAAGUCUGAAUCAGGCCCCGGCCCGAUGAACGACAACUGGUGCUGCCCAAUUUGCAAUGCAGAUGCUCGCCCGCAGUCCUUGAUCGUGGACCAUUUCUUCGUUGAAGUUCGCGAUAAGCUCAUGAUGCAUGGGAAACUGGAGUGCACCCGGGCAAUUCAGAUCCGGGCCGACGGGACGUGGGAAGCCAAGAUUACUAGCGACGAUGCGUCCUCUAGCCCCUCCAGAAGCAGGUUCUCCAACCCACCUCCGUCUAAGAAACGCACAGCGGAUAUCAUGGCCGAUGGAGCGGAGGAGUUACCUCGGACCAAACAAGAGCCCUCUUCAGUCGUUCAUGUGCGGGAGGCAAUGGUCAUUGAAAUUGACGAGUGA